AACCCCAUCGGCCACAACGUGAUGACGGUCAUGCAGAUCUGUGCCGCGACCGACUGUGAUGUGAUAGGACUCCAAGAGACCCGACGAGCGGGACAAGGCGCGAUUACACACGACGGGUACGUGAUCAUCUGGAGUGGUGCCCGUGCCGGCACCAAGGACAAGAGGGGCGUGCACGGUGUGGGCAUAGCGAUUAAGGAGACCAUGUGGGACAGCGUAGGCGAGGGAGGUAGGACGGUGGAGUGCAUUAGCCCGAGGCUGAUGAAGGUGCGCCUGCAAAUUGGCCGCACCUGCGGAGUAACUUUCGUGGUGGGGUACGCCCCUACGGAAACUGCCCGCAACACCGCGGGCGGUGAUGUCAAUGCCAAGGACUCCUUCUGGACUGCUCUCGACGCAGAGAUCCGGGAGGUCCAUAGCCGUGACCAUCUCGUGGUACUAAUGGACGCCAACGCACGUACUGGCAGGAGGCGAGACGGAUGCUGCGAUGCCAAGAUUAUGGGCGCGUACGGACGCGACAUUAUGAACAACAACGGGGAACGACUUCUCGGACUGGCAGCAGACAACCGACUCUCCCUGAUCAACACCUACUUCCGGACACCGAAAGGAGGAGUGCAGCAUACGUUCCAGAGCUCCAACAAGGGGAAGGAGAAGCACCGCCUCGACUUCAUCCUCAUGCGACAGACGGACCGGCGUCUCGUACGUAAUGCCUCCGUCAAACGUGUCGAUUUCAAGGACUCUGACCACAACCUGGUGCAUACGACUGUCCGCUCCCCCCCCCGUGUCGCACCCAACCGACGAACGCGGGGAAACAGCGGAAGCAGCCGGAUCCGUAUCGACCUCGAACGGUUGAGGAAGGAUGUGCACCUACGGGCCGUCUUCCAAGACAGGGCUCUCAACCGCCCUCCGCCCACGGCCCUCAGCAGGCCAACGGGAGAGACCGCCGCCGAGCUCACCGCUGUGGUGAUGUCGGCCGCUGCGGAGAUCGCGCCGCUGGCGAGGAGCGCACGAGGGAAGGGAGGAUGGUACACGAGCGAAGCGCAGCACGAGAUUUCCGAAGCGUCUAGGGAGAUAAGAGUGGCCCAACAGCAGCUGCGCGGGGCCUCAAAGAACAGCGACUUAGAGACGACCCUGAAGGCGAAGCUCAAGGCGGCGCGGAAGAAACGCAGCAGCGCGAGGUGGAGAGCACUGGAAAAGUUCUUCGAGGGCUAUGUGAGGCAGCUCGAGAAGAAGAGCCGUGAGGGGGACCAGGCGGGUUUCUACAGGCACCUGAAGAUGAUCGACGUCGAAGGUAAGAGGCCACUUACCUCCCAGAACAUCAAGGACGAGGACGGUAAGGUCCUUCGGGACCCCACGCUUACCCGCCAGCGGUGGGCGCGGUGGUUCCACAAGCUCCUUAACACCAAGUCGCCGACCAUCGACCUGCAUGCGACCGACAGAGUCAAGCAGUGGCCCACGUGCGUUCCGCUCGACGACAUCCCGUCUCUAUUCGAGGUUGAGGAGGCGGUGCGGGGAAUGGCCAACAGGAAGGCCGUCGGGCCGGACGACCUACCGGCUGAGCUGAUCAAGCUGUUCCUGGAUGGAGACCGAGGCUUCCUCCGCGAAUUCCACGCCAUCGUCGUGGACGUGUGGCAGACGGGGAACGUACCGCAGCAGUGGAAGGACGCCACCAUCAAGGUUCUGUUCAAGAAGGGGGACACGAUGGAGUGCGGCAACUACCGGGGCAUCUCUCUCGUUGCACACGCCGGCAAGGUGCUGCUUAAGGUCGUUGCAACACGCCUAAGCCACUACUGCGAGCGAGAGGGCAUCCUCCCGGAGGAGCAGAGCGGUUUCCGCCCACACCGGUCGACGCUCGACAUGCUGUUCGCGAUCCAGCGGCUCCAUGAGCUCGCGAGGAAGAAGAGUACUGCGGUCUUCGCGUGCUUCGUCGAUCUCACCAAGGCGUACGAUUCGGUGGACCGAGAUCUGCUGUGGGACGUGCUCGAACGCUUUGGCGUGCCCCCGAAGAUGCUGGCGGUCAUUCGCCACUUCCACGAGGGCAUGAGGGCGCGGGUUCGAACGGACGACGGGCAGUACUCGGAAUGGUUUGACGUCGGCCAAGGUCUCCGACAGGGGUGCAACCUGGCCCCGCUGCUGUUCAACUUGUUCUCUGCCGCGAUGCGCAUGGUCGCAGUGACCGAGUUCGACAAGGACCCCAAGGUGACGGCGGAUAUGAUCAAGAUCGCAACACGAGUGGAGUGCACGGGCAAGAGGGGCAGGUCGGCGGGGAAGAAGGCGAUGAUGGUGACGGUCGCAGAGGCCCUGUGGGACAUGCUCUACGCUGACGACGCGGCCAUCGUCUCGCUCACGCCGGAGAGCCUCGAAAAGAUGAUGUCCAUCAUCGUGCGCGUGGCCGGCCUGUUCGGACUGAUGGUAUCGGAGCCAAAGACGGAGAUCAUGUGCAUGCUACCGAAAGGGCUGGGGGAACGCCCGUUCGCGGUCAGCGCCGCUGGCCAGACGUACAAGCAGACAGAUCGGUUUGUGUACCUCGGACGUACCAUCUGCGCGGAUGGGAAGGUCGACCGGGAGAUCACGAGCCGCAUCUGCCGAGCAUGGAAGUGCUACCGCCGGAACAGCACUUCGAUGUACGACAGGAAACGGGCCAACCGCCAGCUCAAGAUCCGACUACUCCAGGCUGAAGUGGUGCAGACCCUCCUAUACGGGUGCGCCUCGUGGAGCCUGGCAGCGGAGCACUACACCAAGCUGAAUGGGACCCACCGCCAGUUCCUGACACGGUGUAUCGGCUGGAGCAAGCGGAAGCGCUCAGACCGACCCCUGUCCUACGCCCAGGCCCUCAUCCAGGCCGGCUGCGAGGAAACCAUCGAGGCCACCGUGCGCAAACGGAGACUGUGUUUCGCGGGCUUCGUUAUGCGCAUGGAGGACAACCGCCUCCCCAAGCGCAUGCUGUUAGGAGCGAUGGCGGGGGGCGUGGGAUACCGGGGCGGGCAGGAGAGCGACUGGGUGUCUCGUCUAGGAGAGGACCUCGUGGCCUUCAACAUGGGAGACGAAAAGGAAGGGGGGAAAUGGAAAGAGAGCGCCAAGGACUCGGAGGUGUGGUACAACAAGGUCGAGGACGGGGCGGCAUGGUUCAUGAGGAAAUGGCACAGGCAGGAGGCGGAAGCGUCCGCGAAGCGCCAGCGCGCGAGGGAAGCAGAAGCAGAGAGUACGGCCACCUCAGGACCGAAGAGAAAGAAAGUCGGCGAAGCGGCGGUGGGGGGGAAGAAACGGCGACCGGGCACUGCUGUAGAAGCGAGUAGGGCGGCCGAGGCAGCACUUGUGGCGAACUAUGUACCCGGCUGAUGUUGUUGCGCCCUGUUUCCCUCCCUGCUUUGUGCUAUACUCCUUUAUGUAUGUCCGUUGUAUUGCCUUCGGCCUCUGUGCUGUGUUUCCUUUUUUCAUGUCCUCCCUGCCUACUCUGCUGUGUUGGAUACCUUGAUCUCGCUUUUGCUGUUGCCUUUGUUUUUUUACGUCUGGCUGUCUGCCCAUCUGCCGCCUCUUUGUCCUGUUUGCUCCGUUACUCCUAUGCCCUGGUGCGUAGUGCCUGGUGCUGGUACGUUACCGUUUGAUUUUUUCUUUGGGCGGGUGUGGGAAGCGUACUUUUGUUUUUCUCUUCUUAUUUUGAUCGGUUUCCGAGGGCUUUUUUCUCGAACGGUCGGUGCGACAUCCCUGUUAUUUUCUAUCAUUAGUCUAUUUUUUCUUUUCCCGAGUUUUGUACCCUAUUUUUGUUUUGUUUCCCCGCGGCGUCUUAUGUGCCGGGUUUUGAGACCACGGGCUCCCCAUUUUUUGUGGACUAUAGAGCUAACAUCAACAACUAAUGUGAGAAACAACAACAACAACACCCAACGCCUAUUUUCAGGACAAAACGGGAAAUAAUUGACAACACAAGAGACGUUUGUCCGUGCGCCACGACGGUUCGAUGCCGUCCGCAUGCUCCGGUGCCGCUGCUCCGGUGCCGCUGCUCCGGUGCCGCUGUGGCCAGUCCUAGCACGACCAAACUCGACCCGCUCCGCUUCGUACACGCUCUCGUUGCUGUCCUCCCCAGUCGGUUCCU